UUGUGCAUUUCUGCCAAUUGUCAUUUGUUGUGAUAAGAAAAUGUUGUUCACACAAAACUUUGCCAAUUGCUAUUCUUCUGCUAAUUUUUCUUUUCUCUUUCUGAAAUAUAGAAACAGAACUAAACAUGCAACAAUUUCAUUUUCAAAAAAGAGAGAAAUUUCUGAAAAUUCAACAGGCCAAGAAAACUCAUUUCUCUCUCUGAAAAUUCCCAGAAAUUUUCUUGCUCAAGCUGCUGUUGGAGUCUUUGCUCUAGGAUUCAUUGAUGCAGGGUAUAGUGGAGAUUGGUCAAGAAUUGGAGUGAUAUCAAAGGAGAGUGAAGAAUUGGUAAAAAUUGCAGCAUAUUUUGUAGUACCUUUCUGUCUCUUCCUGAUAAUUUCUUUCUCUAAUAAGAAAAUUGAGGAUUGAAAGCUUUUUAUGAUUUUGUCCCUAUUUACCCCUGUAAAUGAGUAAUUAUAUAAGAGCAAAGUAUUGGAAUUUCAAUUCUAAAUCAACGGAUUAUGUUGAUUCAGUUUGUUUCUACAA